AUGUUGCUAUCCACUGAUCCGUUCGAGACCGAGAGACAGUACCGUGGUUCGCUACCAUCUCCUGCUCCAUCUUCUAUACUACUUCACCGUCUCUUUCGCAGUCCCCAUCUUGGUGCCUAUUAUAGAACAGAUUCAACUAUAAAUAAUAUCACUCUCCACCACCACCUACUGAUGCUAGUCCAUUCUACCAUCACUCUGGAAACACCACUCACCUACGAUAAUAUAUAUAGAAAAACCAUUUCAGCUGGCUUGAUAGAAGUCGUAUCUCUCCAUCGCACUUGCCAUCCGGAUGCUCUUUCCUGA